AUGGCUGAGAAGAAACUCGACUUCGUUCUGGCCCUGUGGCGGCAUGGCGCGCGAUCGCCCAUGGAAUUUUCAAAAACCUCUUCGAUCGGCGACAAUUUCGAAAUUUGGCCGGACGGGACUGGACAACUCACGGAAAAUGGAAAGGAAAUGCAUCGACAGCUUGGGAGGUUCCUGAGAAAUCGAUACAAGGACUUUUAUCCUUUCGACGAAGACUAUAGAAGAAAAGACAUUUAUGUUCGAUCUACUGAUAGAGAUAGAACCUUGCUAUCUGCUGUGGCGAAUUUGGGCGCUUUCCUGAAUGUCUCCACGCCCGGAAUGGUCCCGUUUCCAGUUCAUACAAUGCCGACGGAAAAUGAUAAUCUUCUGCGCUAUCCGAAUAUGAAUUGUAAACGAUUUGCGGACAUUUUAAAGAACAAAGAAAUCCAGGAAACUGCAGGAUACAAGGCUUUGAACGAAAAAUACGCAGAUGACUUCAAAAAAAUGUCCGAACUUUUGAACGAUACAAAAGAAUAUGACUUGAAUAACAUGUGGACGAUUUUUGACAACGUCGACUGCCACAAAUACAAUAACUUCACAGACACUGUUCCGGCUGAACUACUAUCCGGGCCACUCUAUGAUCGAUUAUCGGCGGCAGCAGGACUCGCCAUGCAAACUCUCUUUACUGAUGUUGAGGGAAAUCGAAGAAUUGAGCUUUCAAGAAUGCAAGGAGGCGUCCUUCUUGGAGAUAUUCUGGAACAACUUCGAAGUCCGUUGCAACAAUAUGAUUUUGACGACCCAGUCAAGUACUUGGUCUAUUCUGCGCACGACACGACUCUUGCAGCAGCUCUAGUAGCCAUGAACGCGCAACAAGAAAAUUUUAAACAGCCAUUUUACGCUUCUGCCCUUCUUUUCGAGCGAUAUUUUGAUGAGGCUUCCAAAACGCACAGUGUGGAAAUCUGGUACAAAAACGACGAUGAGUUCACCGAUUUAACUGCUGAAACAUGUGGUGAAAGUCCUUGCCCCUUAGACCAGCUGGAGUUAGCUUGGCUUCCCGUUAUCCCCCUGAAUUGGGACGCGGAGUGUCACCACAUGGAUCCAAGCCCAGAGCACUUUGCCGCCGUCCAAACAAAAUCCAACGUCCUCGCUGUUCUUUUAGCCCUCUCCUGGGCUAUCUUCAUUUCGUACUUCAUCCUAUCCAAACGUUCAAAAAAGCACCCAGAGCGACUCGCUCUGGUAGAGCAGGAGUUCUCUAUGGCCGUCGAUGAUAAAUGGUCGAGCGUGCCUGCUUCAAACUUUGUCAACCCAUCAAUUUAA